CCACCGGAAAACACGGAAAAUCACUUUGUGACGAUUUUCGGACGGUAAAGGCGUAAUUUUUAUUUUUAAUUUCUUAUUCGCAGUAAUUUGUUACGAAACAAGAUCUGUAAUAAAGACUAGUGAACUUUCUGUGAGAAUGUCGUACUCGCCGUACAUUUAUGUCGCGAUCCCCUUGUCAGUAGCUAUCGCUCUCGGGCUGGCACGAAAAUGGAGAUCCAGAAAAUGGGGAAAAUGUAUGAGCAACAUUUGUUUGCGAGGCAAAACCUACCUUAUCACCGGUGCAAACAGCGGUAUCGGUCUAGAGACCGCGAGGGCCCUAGUGAAGAGGAAAGCGAGGGUCAUAUUAGCCUGCAGGGACCUCGAAAAAGCGAGGCAGACUGCCGCAGAAAUCAGGAAGGAAGAGUUGGGAGGAGAAUUGAUUCCGAUGCAACUAGAUCUUGCAUCUUUUGAAUCUAUUGAGAAGUUUGUUGAGCUGGUGAAGACGGGAUUUUACAAAAUUGACUGUCUCAUUAACAAUGCGGGUGUUGUCGCACCACUGAGCUUAGACCAAAAAACAAAAGAGGGUUUUGAAAUCCACCUCGGUGUUAACCAUUUGGGCCAUUUCUAUUUAACAAACUUACUUUUGGAUCUGUUAAAAAAGGCUGCUCCCAGCAGGAUAGUAGUUGUGUCGUCCAUGCUACAUGAGAAGGGCACUUUGGAUUUUGAUGAUUUGAAUAUGAGGAAACAAAUUGAAGACGCUAAGAAAGGGAAGUCAAGUCGCCGCAACCCUGGCUACGAUAACAGUAAACUAAUGAAUGUGUAUUUUGCGAGAGCCCUAGCUGGUAAACUAAGAGGAGAUGGUAUUGACGUGUAUGCAUGCUGUCCGGGAUUCUGUUAUACUAAUUUAUUCAGGAGUUUUGUCAAAUGGUACCACUACAUCUUGAUGGCGCCCAUAGCGUUAGUCUACAUGAGGUCAGCAAAACAGGGUGCGGAGACGGUGGUGUUCUGCGCAACAGACUACAGUGUGGAAGGCCACACGGGCAAGUUCUACCGCGAGUGCGCCGAGUACGCGCCCUCUUAUAACUACAACAAGGAGGAGGAGAGCAGGCUCUGGGAGAUGAGCGAGCAAAUGGUGAAGGCCAGGAGACCGUUAUGAGCUGAUGAGUAGUAAGAACUGCCGCUAUGUUAAUUUGAUUAACAUGAACUUCAUUGCCUAUGGCCACAGUUUUAACGUUUAAAAGUGUUGAAAAAAUAUGAACGUCGGAGUUAACAUUACAACUAUUUAAUUUUUUUUUAAAGAGUUUAGACGUCAAAAUUGUGAAAAUAAACAAUGAAGUUCAAGUUCAUAUAAGGGGGCUGAAGGGUUUGAUCAUAAUAUUGUAAAACACUCAACUGUUGUCACUUUAACGAUGAUUAUUAUCUUUUGUUUCCUAGCCAACGUAAUAUUAAGACGUUGCAUUGAUAAACAAAUAAUUAUUAUUAUUUUUGCAUGUGCCGGGUUUUUAUUCUGAAAAGCUAUCGUGAAUAGGCAUGUUGAUAAAACAUUUUUACUGUAUUAAAAUCAAUAUUAGGCAAAAAUUAAAGUUAAAAAAAAACCUUUUUGUAAAUAAAAAAAACAUACCAGCAAUAAUUACAUACUUACCUACCUAUUAAAAGCAAUAUUAAAGUAAGAAAAAAAUCAUUUUUGUGAUCCUAAAAAA